GUCCUCCCCUCUCACUACGUGAAAGCAAACUCGCUUACUUUGUAUUAAUUAUACUACCUAAAACACCUAUACCCUACAUACAAUAAUCCCAUCCUCCCUUCUUUCCUUCUUCCUCUCUGUCUCUCUAUUUUCUUUCUCCCUACUUCUUUUAUAUAUACAUACCUAUAAAUCUAAUCAUGUCUCAAUCAAAGAAGAAUACCUCCAAGAUCAUCCUCGCUGCCUCAUGUGCGGUUCUCUUGGUUUCCUCCAUUAUGAUGUCCACCCAAGCUGCUCCUGUUCCUAUCUUAGAUCUCUCAAUUGCUACCCCUGACCCUACCAUCUCCAACUCGGAAUUCGCUUUAUGGCGCCGUCGUGUUGGUCCUGUGCUAGGAGACAUUAAUGCUAACAAAAACCCUGUCGGUUAUGUCGCUAGUCGAUCAUUGAAGUAUCGCGCUGUCAAUGAGCCUGCCAGAAAGGGUACUCGGCACUUAAAACGUCAAAGUACUGAUGCUGGUGUCGAUGCAAACAUCGAUGCAAAUACCGGUGUAGACGCCAGUAUUGAUGCCAAUGUUGAUGCAGACGUUGGUGCCGAUCUUAGCGCGAAUGUGGAUACUAAUACUGAUGUGGGUGCCGAUGUGGAUGUGGAUGCCGAUGUUGAUUUUGAUGCCUAUGUUGAUGCCGGUGUUGAUGCCGGUGUGGAUGCUGACAUCGAUGCUGAUAUUGGUGCCGACGCCAAUGUCAAUGUUAAUGCUGGUGUCGAUAGCAACGUUGCUCCAGAGGUCAAUGCCGAUGUGGAUGCCGAUGUGGAUGCCGAUGCGGGCACUGGUAUUGAUACCGACGCCAAUGUCAAUGUUGAUGCUGGUGUCGAUAGCAACGUUGUUCCAGAUGUCAAUGUCAGUGUGGAUACCGAUGUGGAUGCCGAUGUGGAUGUGGAUGUGGAUGUGGGUGCUGGUAUUGAUGCUGGUGUGGAUGCUGACAUUGACACUGAUAUUGAUACCAACGCCACCGUCAAUGUUAAUGCUGGUGUCGAUAGCAACGUUGUUCCAGAUGUCAAUGCCGGUGUGAAUGCCGGUGUGAAUGCCGGAGUCGAUGCUGGUAUUGAUGCCGAUGUGGAUGCUGACAUCGAUGCUGAUAUUGGUACCGACGCUAAUGUCAAUGUUAAUGCUGGUGUCGAUAGCAACGUUGCUCCAGAGGUCAAUGCCGAUGUGGAUGCCGAUGUGGAUGCCGAUGCGGGCACUGGUAUUGAUACCGACGCCAAUGUCAAUGUUGAUGCUGGUGUCGAUAGCAACGUUGUUCCAGAUGUCAAUGCCAGUAUGGACACCGAUGUGGAUACCGACGUAGAUGCCGACGUGGAUGCUGGCAUUGACGCUGAUAUUGAUACCGACGCCACCGUCAAUGUUAAUGCUGGCGUCGAUAGCAACGUUGUUCCAGAUGUCAAUGCCGGUGUGAAUGCCGGAGUCGAUGCUGGUAUUGAUGCCGAUGUGGAUGCUGACAUCGACGCUGAUAUUGAUACCGAUGCCAAUGUCAAUGUUAAUGCUGGUGUCGAUAGCAACGUUGUUCCAGAUGUCAAUGCCGGUGUGGAUACCGAUGUGGAUGCCGAUGUGGAUGCCAAUGUGGAUGCCGAUGUGGAUGCUAACACCGGUGCUGGUAUUAAUACUGACGCCAAUGUCAAUGUUGAUACUGGUAUCGAUAGCAACGUUGUUCCAGAUUUCAAUGCCAAUGUUGAUACCAAUGUGGAUGCCGACGCCAAUGUCAAUGCAGAGACCGAAGUAGAUGUCGAUUCCGAUGCUGGUGUUGAUGCUGAUGGUGUCCCCCAUGUAAAAGUCAAUGCUGGUGUUGGUUCCUAUGUUAAUGUCAAUGCCGGUGUCGAAGCUGGUGUUGAUGCCGGAGUCGAAGCUGGUGUUGAUGCCGAACUUAGCCGUCAAUAAUUAGGUCAACGUUCCUUGCGCUCCCCCCUAUUUUUACUAUUAUUUUUACAUGUCAUUAUUUCAUCCAAAAGGCAUUUCUUAAUGCCACAAAUUUAUUAAAAAGC